AAAAUUCGAAAACUUUUCAUUAAAAUUUUGACCUGAAUAUUUUUCGAGUGUGCUCCUGCAAAAGACCGGCUGCGUAACAUAUAAUUUCUUUCUCUUUGCCUUCAUUCUAAACAAAUUUUUCUACAUUUUUAUUGUAAGCAAAACACAUGUUUGUUGGGAGUAUAUUUUGGGUAUUGUAUUUCAUUAUAUUAAGCUUCAAUUUAGCUUACGUCACUCGGUGAGAUUGUGGUUACGAAAUAAGGAAGCAAAGAAAUGUCAUUACUCAGAGCCGUGGCUGGUGAAAUUUUUUCCGCUUAUCGCCAGGGAAUUCUUUCCAUACAAAGUCGUCCCCUUUGUGUUACGUCGUAUCGAGCUGCCUCGAAAAAAACGUCUCCGGAGCCCGCUGCAUCGAAGGAGGAAGAACAGCCCGAUCAAGCUGAACAACAAUCCGGCAAAGAAGCACAGAUUGAUCCCAAGGAUCGCAGUCGUGUCAUCCCGGUGGAGACCAGUAUCCGAUAUCUGCUGAGCGAAGCCUACCAGCAAACUUAUCAGGGCGAGCCGGUGUGGAAGAACUACCGUCGAAACCAUAAGGGUAUUUAUCCGCCGAGGAAAACGCGAAAGACCUGCAUUCGCAGGGGGAAGAUUUCAACGGGCAAUCCAUGUCCUAUUUGCCGUGACGAGUAUCUAGUGUUGGACCACAGAAACCUUAACCUGAUCAAGCAGUUUAUUUCGGGCCAAACUGGUAAAGCACUCAGUUAUCAGAUUACCGGGCUCUGCCAGAAGCGGCAUCUAGAGUUACUGGUGGCGGUUGAGCGGGCGUUAGAUCAUGGUAUGAUAACGUUUGACGUCCCGUUCCGUCAGUACGAUUACUCCGAGUACUAUUCAACGUUGCAAAAGUAA